GAAGGGAUAAUGAUAACAUGCACGUAACGUCACUGGGAAUGAAAGAAUUUCGGAGUUGAGGUUAGCCUCGGUUAUGAACGUAGCCAGUGUAGAAAUUCAGGCCAAAGGUGAAAGUUUUCGAAACGUAGGCACUUGCUGGAUAUCCUCAAUGUAACCAGUGUGCCCAAUGUCGUUCAUCCUGACACAGUAUAUUCGCCAAACGCGUGUCACCUGAUAAUCUGCAGUCCCUGGGAUAUUCCUGGGAGUCUCGUGUGAAAAAUAUUCAAGUAAAAACGGGAAAAGCAUGUCCAUCAAUAACUCAGUGUUGACAACUGUCAAAAGAACGAAUGCACUCUCUGCUCUCUUUCGUGACAGAAAUCUAGUGAUCCAGGCAUCACAGAGGGGCUAUUUUCCUCGGACGAGUGAUGAUGAAUCCAGAAGUUGGAGGUGCUACGUUACCAAAGUGGCGACUAAUCAGAAACCAGAUUGGAACAGAGCUGUGUCUGAAGCUGAAAAAAUUGUCGGAUAUCCAACGUCAUUUCUCAGCCUACGAUGGCUUCUCAGCGAUGAAAUUGCCAAUGUCGCCCUACAUCUGAGAAAACUUGUUGGAUCCAAUCAUCCACUCUUGAAAACAGCCAAGAGUUUAAUUUACAAUGGAAGAAAUAACAUGCAGGCAUGGGGCCUGAUAGUCCUCCUGAUCUCUAAGGCAGCUGGACACCUGAAUGUAGAUGACAUGGAGGAGGACAAAGCUGCAGGCGUACUGCACAGCCAGCGAGCACUUGCUGAAGUCACUGAAAUGAUUCGCACGAGUCAUUUAGUUCACAAGGGACUCGUCAAUAUUCAACCUGGAGUCUUCCCAGAUGCCGCUGAACACAACGACAUGACUUUUGGAAACAAAAUCGCUCUUCUAAGUGGAGAUUAUCUCCUGGGGAACAGCUGCGCUGAGCUAGCAGCACUCAGGAAUCAAGAUUUAGUUGAAUUAAUGUCAAGUGCAGUUCGCGAUCUGGCGGAAGCAGAAUUUCUCGGCCGAAGAGAUAGUCAGAAUAAUGCAUUACCUCCAGUACCCCCUGAGGAUCGAACUGGUUAUGCUGUGAGAGAGUGGACGCUUCAGAAUGUCACCAGUGCUGGAUCACUCCUUGGAAAAUCCUGUCAAGGUACAUUAAAACUUGCUGGACAUGAUGAGGAUCUGCAAAUGCAGGGAUACAACUUCGGAAAACAUUUAGCUCUUGCCUGGCAGGCAUGCCUCGACUUGAGUCCGUUCAUCAGCAAAGAGGAUCCAGCAUCUCCUUUCAAUCUCUGCUCAGCCCCAGUGAUGUUCCACAUCGAGCAUGAUUCCUCAAUUCUAACUGAGAUCGACAAAGGUCUACAAUCCGUCCAAAACGUUGAUUACGCAAAGGUGUACGACAGCGUUACAAAAGGCCCAGGUGUCGAGUUGACCAAGCAAUUGCAGAAGGACCACUCACAACAAGCAAUGGAAGUCUUAAGUGUUUUUCGAGAUAGUGACGCAAGAACUGCAUUAUCAAACAUUAUUGCUGCCAUGGGAGAUUUUUAGCAAAUGGCUGAACAUUUUUCACGUCAGACCACAGCACAACAUCGAGUCAGUUUAGAUCUUCCAGCGUGAGUGUUAAGUUGACGAGUUUUUGUUGAAUUUUAUAUUUACGUUAUUAUUGCUUUACUCAUUGGAAUUGUUUCAUGGGGGGAUAAAAUUGAUAUGUGUCCAUGAAAAAUCGCCAAAGUAUGAUUUUACUCGAAAAUGGAGUGACGAAUCUUGAAUGUACACCGAAGAGUAACAACGGGUAUUAACAAAUUUCUCUCAUGCUUUUGUGAGGUAGAGACAGUAUCUAAGACAUUUUAUAUAAAAUUGUUAUGAAAAUGUAUUGUACAGAAUCGAGAUUUAUCAGAAAUUAUUUUUCACAGUCGAAUUUUAUACUAUAUUUAUAAAAAAGAUGAGAUUAAAUGACGAAUAAA